AUGUCAGGACCAGGGGCCAGCAGACACGGACCGUGGAAGCAGGACCAGAGGCCAGCAGACACGGACCGUGGUCAGGACCAGGGGCCAGCAGACACGGACCGUGGUCAGGACCAGGAAGCCAGCAGACACGGACCGUGGUCAGGACCGGGGAGCCAGCAGACACGGACCGUGGUCAGGACCGGGGAGCCAGCAGACCCAGACCGUGGUCAGGACCAGGGGCCAGCAGACACGGACCGUGGUCAGGACCAGGGGCCAGCAGACACGGACCGUGGUCAGGACCAGGGGCCAGCAGACACGGACCGUGGUCAGGACCAGGGGCCAGCAGACACGGACCGUGGACCAGGGGCCAGCAGACACGGACCGUGGAAGCAGGACCAAGGGGGCCAGCAGACACGGACCGUGGUCAGGACCAGGGAGCCAGCAGACACGGACCGUGUGUCAGGACCGUGGAGCCAGCAGACAACAGACCGUAGUCAGGACCAGGGGCCAGCAGACCCAGACCGUGGUCAGGACCAGGGGCCAGCAGACACGGACCGUGGUCAGGACCAGGGGCCAGCAGACACGGACCGUGGUCAGGACCAGGGGCCAGCAAACACGGACCGUGGUCAGGACCAGGGGCCAGCAGACACGGACCGUGGUCAGGACCAGGGGGCAGCAGACACGGACCGUGGUCAGGACCAGGGGGCAGCAGACACGGACCGUGGUCAGGACCAGGGGCCAGCAAACACGGACUGUGGUCAGGACCCGGGGCCAGCAGACACGGACCGUGGUCAGGACCAGGGGGCAGCAGACACGGACCGUGGUCAGGACCAAGGGGCAGCAGACACGGACCGUGGUCAGGACCAGGGGCCAGCAGACACGGACCGUGGUCAGGACCAGGGGCCAGCAGACACGGACCGUGAUAGAAUGGUUCAUAAUAAAGACUUAUAG